AUGUCGAGUACCUCCCAAAAACAUCGCAACUUUGUUGCGGAACCUAUGGGUGAAAAGCCUGUUACAGAUUUGGCUGGUGUUGGUGAAGUGCUAGGAAAGCGUCUAGAAACCGCUGGCUUUGAUAAAGCUUAUGUUGUACUGGGUCAAUUUUUAGUAUUGAAAAAGGACAAGGAAUUAUUUCAAGAAUGGAUGAAGGAGACAUGCAGUGCUAAUUCCAAACAAUCUGCUGACUGCUACCAAUGUUUGAAAGAUUGGUGUGAUGAAUUUUUGUAA